AUGGAAAGUGGUGCAGUUCUGCUGGAAUCCAAAUCCUCGCCAUUUAACCUUUUGAAUGAAAUGCACCAGUUACGCCUGCUGGGCCACCUGUGUGAUGUGACUGUCAGUGUGGAAUAUCAGGGAGUCCGGGAAGAAUUUAUGGCUCACAAAGCAGUGCUGGCAGCUACCAGCAAGUUUUUUAAGGAAAUGUUCCUUAAUGAGAAAUCUGUGGAUGGUACGAGGACUAACGUCUAUUUAAAUGAAGUACAAGUUGUUGACUUUGCUUCAUUUCUUGAGUUUGUCUACACUGCAAAGGUACAGGUUGAAGAAGAUCGGGUGCAGCGAAUGUUGGAAAUGGCUGAAAAGCUAAAAUGUUUGGACUUAUCAGAAACUUGUUUUCAAUUAAAGAAACAGAUGUUAGAAUCGGUACUUUUGGAGUUGCAGAAUUUCUCAGAGUCUCAGGAGGCAGAAGUGAGCAGUGGCUCCCAAAUCAGUGUUGCUCCUGACUUGAGGGCAAAUGUGGCUGUGGAUGGUCCUCAUUCCAAUGGCCUUUUGGAUUCAGAUUAUCCAGUAGAGAGAAUCAGCAAUGGCAUGCUGCCAGAUAUCCCACUGAAGAAAGCCAAGGAAAAACUAGACAAGAAAAAAGAUGUGGUUAAGCCUCCCUAUCCAAAAAUCAGAAGAGCUAGUGGAAGACUGGCUGGAAAAAAGGUAUUUGUAGAAAUCCCUAAAAAGAAAUACACAAGGAGACUGCGAGAGCAGCAGAAAAGUGCUGAGGAUGAUGUGGGGGACUACAAGUCCCCCCCUCAAGACCAAACCCAAGACAAUGGGGGGACUGAGAUGGGGCCAGUUACAAAAGAUGUGAAUCCAAAAACUGAGGACUGUAAUGUUGUUGAAUUGGAAGAGAUAAUGCAAAAAGCAGGAGAGGAGGAAGAAGAGGAGGAGGAUGAGGGGGAUAAGAAGAAGAGUAACUUUAAGUGUACCACCUGCGAAAAAGCAUUUUUGUAUGAGAAGAGCUUCCUGAAGCACAUCAAGUAUCACCAUGGAGUUGCUGCUGAGGUUGUUUACCGCUGUGACACCUGCAGCCAGACCUUUGCUAACCGCUGCAACCUGAAGAGCCAUCAGCGCCAUGUGCACAGCAGCGAGCGCCACUUCCCGUGUGAGCUCUGCGGGAAGAAGUUCAAAAGGAAGAAGGACGUCAAGAGGCACAUCCUGCAGGUCCAUGAGGGUGGUGGGGAGCGGCAUCAGUGCCAGCAGUGUGGCAAGGGCUUGAGCUCCAAGACAGCCCUGAGGCUCCAUGAACGCACCCACACCGGUGACAAGCCUUAUGGCUGUACCGAGUGCGAAGCCAAGUUUUCUCAGCCUUCUGCACUUAAGACCCACAUGAGAAUUCAUACAGGGGAAAAACCUUUUGUCUGUGAUGAAUGUGGUGCAAGAUUCACUCAGAACCACAUGCUGAUUUAUCAUAAAAGGUGCCACACAGGGGAAAGACCCUUUAUGUGUGAAACAUGUGGCAAGAGUUUUGCUUCUAAGGAGUAUUUAAAACAUCAUAAUAGAAUUCAUACUGGAUCUAAACCCUUUAAAUGUGAAGUGUGUUUCAGGACUUUUGCACAGCGGAAUUCACUUUACCAGCAUAUUAAAGUCCAUACAGGGGAACGUCCCUACUGUUGUGAUCAGUGUGGUAAGCAGUUCACUCAGCUGAACGCUCUCCAACGCCACCAUCGGAUUCACACAGGAGAGAAGCCAUUCAUGUGUAACGCAUGUGGGCGGACAUUUACCGACAAGUCCACUCUCCGGCGGCAUACCUCAAUACAUGAUAAGAAUACUCCAUGGAAGUCUUUCCUUGUUAUUGUAGAUGGCUCACCCAAGAAUGAUGAAGGGCACAAGACUGAACAGCUUGAUGAAGAAUAUACGUCAUCCAAACUUUCAGAUAAAUUGUUGUCUUUUACAGAAAAUGGCCAUUUUCACAACCUGGCCCCACUCCAAAGUAGCAUACCUGCUGUGCAUGAGAACAGGUUGGCAGACACAGCCUGCAAGCCGGAUGAUUCUGUGGUAUCCCAGGACUCUUUGCUCACCACUGCCAUCAGUAAUUUUAGUGAACUGACUCCACAGACAGGCACUAUGCCCCCACAACUUCACUCUCUGACCAACAUGGAAUAA